CAAUAGUAGUUGUUCAUCCAACUUCAUUAUUAUGCUUAGCCAUUAUUUAUGUACCUUAUCUGCAGCUACCUUAGCCCCAAAGCUUAUGCUCAAUCAAAACUAGCAAACAUAUUACAUGCCAAGGAACUAUCAAAACAGCUCAAGGCAAAAGGAGCAAAUGUGACUAUCAAUGCUGUCCAUCCAGGGGUUAUAAAGACUGAAAUUACAAGAGAUUUCAAAUUUAUUUCAGAUUUUAUGUAUUUUGUGGCAUCCAAAUUUGUCAAGUCAACAUCACAGGGUGCGGCCACGACAUGUUAUGUUGCAUUGAGCCCUCGACUAGUCGGCGUAAGCGGCGAGUACUUUGAAGACUGCAACGAGAGCCGCGCCUUAGGCCUCGCAAGUGACGACGACAUUGCUCGGAAUCUUUGGAAGCAGACGCAUGAGCUCAUCAUCAGUAUUAUUGGUGAAUAA